AUGUAAAAUGCACUUGCCUUGGAAAUCAAUUUUGUUGGUGCUAUGGAAUAUGUUUGCUAUUCGCAAACUUUUUAUGAUUAAUUAUUCAGCUUUCACAGAACUUUCUUCUGUUUUCAUUGUGAAUAUAAUUUGAUUUGAUGAAACAAGGUUUAGAUAAGGCUUGGAGACCUUCUUUUCUCUUGUGCCUGUCAAAUGUCUAAAUAGAAAACCUAAUUGCAAACUUAAAGAUUUGAAAAAAUUUUUAAUUUAAUUGAUGCAUUUUGGGAGCAUGUCAUAGAAGAUUAAUAUGUCCAUUGCCUAAACUAUUGAGCUAAAUUCUUUUCAAGAAUAUUUUUAUGCAUUUUGCGGUUUUUGCGUGCAAAGUGGCAAAGAGUGAAAGUGAAUAACUAAUUCUGUUCUUUGAAAACGGCUUUCUUAGACGUCUCACAAUGUUUGGAACCAGGCUUCCUGCUAUUCAAAAUUUCUAUCUGGCUAAAGAUGCUGGAAUAUACAAUUUUAAGAAUGAUACCACUAUCUCUUCAAGUGGAACCGACCUAGACAUAGUAGUAGAAUCACUUGAAAGAGAAGCUUGCUUUUUAUGCGAACGAAUACUGAAUCUGUUUAUGAUUGAGAAAUAUGAAACUGCCAGUAACCCGAAUCCAACGUUUUCUUUACAAAAUAGACGACGUUUUUGUUACAAAAAUCUGAAAUAUCAAAUUCAAGGAAUAAACAACAUAUGGCACAUAGAUCUUUAAAUUUAUCGGCCAAAAAUAAGACAAAACCUACCUAAAGCAAUUAAAGGGUCCCAAUUCCUUUUUAUUUUUAACGAAAUUUAAAACAUGUAGAUACCUCUGGGUGCAGGUGUAGAUUAUGUAAAACUUUUAUUGUACAUUUAGGCAUCUAAAAAUAAUUACUUUUCAUGUUUAUUGCAAAUAGUUGGCUUUAAUUAGCUUAAUACAUGGCUAGAUCUCUUUCCAAUUCUUUUUAUUUUUCUUAUUGAUAGUUUUAAAAUUACACAGAACCUGCAUUUUGAUGAUAUUUGACUGGACGGUGAUUACGAAUAUGAAAUAUGCCUUCAUAAGCCAAAGAACAAAAAAUUAUUUUGCACGAUUAUAUAUAGAGAAAAUAUAAUUUGAUGACACUCAGCUGCGACUCAAUUCCUUGCCUAAGAGCAACGAACAUUUUCUAGAGUAAUGCUUACGGUGAUGAAACUGGUACCUACAAUGCAAAUGCUAUAGAUAAUAUCAGUGGCGGAUUCAAGGGGGGCAACUAGGGGCGCCCCUUUUGAAGAAUGAGAAUCAGGUGGAAUAGUUUCUGAGACCGAUAGGUUAACUUUCUUCAAGGAUUACCUCAAAGAACUCUAGUCACCAAUUUUUGCAAAAUUUUUAGGGCCCCAACUACCAACUGCACCUCCUUCAAAUAUGGUAGUGAGGGCCACUAUCAACUGCCCCUCAUUCAAAAUUCAAAGAUUCAAGGGGGGCAACUAGGGGCACCCCUGGAUAAUAUCGCGGCAGUGAUUUUUACAUCAGCAUAGGCCUUGAAAAGCUCUCUCAUAAUUGUGACAAAAUUUGGUGAAAGGUCUACACUGUUCAGAAGCUCCAAAAGUGUAAUCAGUGGAUUCAAACCACAAAAUAUAUAUUAAGUAGAAUAGGAAUUUCUGUUGGUCGUAGUUUAAAUAUCGAAUCACUCCAAUUUUCAUGUUCAAUUUCUUUGGUUGAUAAGCAAAUGUUGUCUUUAUUAAUAAAUGCAUCUUUUACUGCUUAGCUUUCAUUAUUCUCUUUACCUAAAGUGAAAAGAGCAAAAACAAAUUUCUUACCAACUUUAUGCUUUCUCCGCUUAUAUUUGCUAUUUCGUAAGAAAGAAUGUACGCAAGCUUUUAACGUGAUUGAUGAUGUUAAAUAUUUGAACUUUGAACACGAGUAUUCAUGCUUCAUUCAACAUUGCACAGAGGUAAAGCUAGAGCUUCCUUGAUUUUUUAUUUAAUAUCCUUCUUUACUUACCAGAGGCACUGUUGCCGUAGGACAAAUAGCCAUAGCCCCUUUUUGGUAUAAUCGUAGGAUUUUUGGAAAUGUCAGUGUUUUGACAGGAAAUCCUCGAAAAUUUCUUUUCAAAACCAUGUCUUCACAGACUUACCAGAAUAAACUAACCUAGGUUAAGUCAGUCUGGUUAGUUUUUUUGUAGUGGGAAUGCAGCUAGCCCGGGUUUCCCCCGGUUUAAUCUAGGCGAGAUUUCGAGGUGGAUUAGUUUAAAACCAGCCAAGGUUGGUUUUGGCAGAUGUAUUCUAAGCACGAAACUGAGGCGAACCCGGGUCUGUUUCAAAGAUAAUCAAAAACAAUGAUGACAAGACUGUUUCGAAGAAUCGACAUGACGCUGACAGCUUUUGCUGACUGGAAACUUCACUGUAUGAUGAUGCUGGCAUUUCCAUUAUCAACAUUGUCAAUCUCAUGCACCUCUAGAUUUCACUGCAAAACGCCUGAAGUCAAAUACAUCAGCAUGGAUAAACUGACAAAUAUGACCUUGAAUGGAACAGUGCUUAAGUCAUUCCAAGCAAAGGACAUUUCAGAAUGCCAGAGAUCUUGCCUCCAUGAAGAAAAAUGCCAGUCACUGAAUGUCAAUGUCAGUACAGCGAUUGGCCUGACAUGCGACCUUUUGGACAUCAAUAUCUAUAGCAAUGCGUCGCUUCUUCUUCAGCAAAGUGGAUCCGUUCACCUCUUUAUUCCGAAUGAGUGCAAGAAUAAACCAUGCAAGAACAAUGCAGUAUGUGUGCCCAACUAUCAAAACGACUCCUACAGCUGCGAAUGUAAAUCGAAUGGAACAUGGAUAACGAAAGGGCUUCAUUGUGAAACAAUACUAAAUGGAUAUUCCAGUGCCUUUGUUUACUGGUCAUUCGACGAUCCAGCAAGCCUUGCCCCCUUGACAAGCACAAACUUGGACAUGUCAUCAUAUGUAGCAUCAUCAUGGACUCCGGUCUCGGAACCAGGUCGAAGACAUCCGGUUGUAAAAUGCAAUGUGCCAGGCCAUGCGCCUCCUUGCAUGUAUAUUAAGUCAAAUGUACCAUGCCUUCACAUUUUUGGAACUUGUAAGCUGACAGUCACUUACAGUGUUUGGAUCAAAUAUACAGAAUUUGAAGCGUCAAGAUCUGCUCCAGCAUAUAUAUUCCAUUCGUAUGCUUUUAAUCAACGUCGGGGCAUUUCCUUUAGAUCGAAAAGUGAUGGAAAGUUUACUUUCGCUGCUUCCAUUUCGUUAAGCAAACGAUGGAUUAUUGAAGGUUUUGGAGGAGCUGUUGUGAAGACAAACUGGAAUCAGUUUACUUUUACAGUGGAUGAUAAUGCAGGAAGUUGUGCCUUUGUCAACGGAGUGAAAGAUGCCUGCCAGUCAACCCAUGCUUCGGUCUCCUUGAGUGAUUUGCAAUCCAGUUUCGAAAUUGGCGAUUCCCCGUCUGGCGAUAUUGAGCCUGGUAUUUAUGUUGACGAUUUGGCUGUUUGGCAAGUCAUUCUUACUGAAGACGAAGUAAAAAACCUUUACGAACAAACAAAAGAGUGAUUGUUUUUGACAAAUGUUAGACUAAAUUUGAUGUAAAGUGCACUUAUCGCUGAAAAGAAAGCAAUAUUCUCUAUCGUAGAAUGCAAUAAAAAGAAAAUGAAACAUUUGUUAGUGUUUCUUAAAGGCCACUUUAUCUGGAUAUGGCAAUUAAUUUAUCUAGAUAUUAAUACAAAAAGACUUAAAAUAUCUCAAUUAAGUUAUUAAAGUUAAGUUGAUAUCAA